AUGCCUUUCAGGCGCUCAGAUCUGUCUAGGAGAAAUGGACCUCCGCCUCCGCCACCUCCUCUUCCUUCGAUGAUGAUGGCGCCCUUGCCGGAGCCGGAUCGAGAUGCCCCGGCUACCCCAGCCAGCAUCUGCUACGACAACGGCACGGGCAGGCUGCACGCCAGCUUGGUGCAGGAACGAGGGCUGCCGCCUUAUGUGCAGACGACGGAGCAGCUGGCGGCGUUCAUCAAGAGCCAGAGCCGGGGCCAGCAGCAGCAGCACAGGGACGACCAGCUGUCCGGAUCUCCCAACGCACCACCCUCAUCAUUCUCGCCCGUCGGUAGGUCUGCGUCGGUGUAUUCCUCGUCCGCGCGCGGGACCUUCUAUCACCAUUCGUCGGGUUCGUACGAGCGCCUCCUCCGCCCGGCGCCGGUGGCGGCUGUGGCAGACCCCUUCAUGGUGGCGGCCAUGCGGCACCGCUACGGCGCCCGACCGGCGGUCGCGCGGAUCUUGCCUGGCGCGACGCGCACGCAUGAGUAUCAGGGCUUCUGGUUGAGACGCGGGACGACGCACAGGACCGAGUCCGACAAGAGAGGCCCCGCGCACAAGUCGUCGCUCAAGAGGUCUGAGAGGAAGGACUAUCAAGUAGAAUCUAGUGGCCAGCUGGUAUGA